UCCUUCCAUCUCCGUCUUCGCGUAGCUAUGGCGAAGAACAGAAACAAGAAAACGAAAAAUGGUAAAGCUGCUAUGGAUGUCUCCUCUGACCAGGCCGUUACAAGUCCCCAGGCAAUGGAUACUUCAGAAUCAGCAGCUCCGAAACCACAUAUAGGUGGAUCACAUAGAAAGAUGAAGGGAGUCCAGAUGAAAAGGACGAAAAAUGUCAGGAAAAUGAAGGCCAUUGCAAAGGCUAUUUCAAAAAAUGAGAAAUUGGAGGAAAGAAUCACGAAGACCGGAACCAAGAUAGAGAGAACUAAAGAUGCCAAAAAGUUAUAUGAGUGAUUU